AUGCUUAUUUACAAGGAUAUUUUCUCCAACGACGAAUUGUUGUCCGAUGCCUAUGACUUGAAAGAGGUCGAUGGUGUUAUCUACGAAGCUGACUGUACUAUGGUCAAGGUCGGUGGUGACAACAUCGACAUUGGUGCCAACCCAUCUGCUGAGGGUGGUGACGAGGAUGUCGAUGACAACACCGAAGUUGUCAACAACGUUGUCCACUCCUUCCGUUUGCAACCAACCGGCUUCGACAAGAAGUCCUUCCUGACCUACAUCAAGGGCUACAUGAAGGCUGUCAAGGGCAAAUUGCAGGAAUCCAACCCAGAUGCCGUUCCAACUUUCGAGAAGGGCGCCCAAGCUUACGUUAAGAAGGUCAUCGGUUCUUUCAAGGACUGGGAAUUCUACACUGGUGAAUCCAUGGACCCAGAUGCCAUGGUCAUCAUGUUGAACUACCGUGAGGACGGUGUCACUCCAUUCGUUGCUAUCUGGAAGCAUGGUGUUGUUGAGGAAAAGAUCUAG